AUGCACUGGCGGCACAACGACUUGACCAAGAUUGCCAUCCGGGAGGGCGGGCAGCAUGUCGAGUACCCCAGCAACAUCUACAAGGGACGCCUGGAGCUCUUCUCCAACAACACCUUAAAAAUCAGCAACUUGCAGAAAAGCGACAGCGGCAGGUACUACGUGUACCUGGAGGAUGAGAAGGGCAAUGAACACAUUGAAAACAUCCUCCUGAAGGUGUACGAUCUGGUCCCGAAGCCCACUGUGAGCGCCAAAGUGGUCAAGAAAGACCUGCAAGGGUGCAAAACCAUCCUGAAGUGCUCAGUGGAGGUCGAAGAUGUGACCUACGAGUGGAUCAGCCCCCAAAAGCUCCUGCUGGAGCAUGUGCAUGCCUCUGAGCUGUCUGUCUCCAGCCCCUUGACAGGAACCUACACGUGCAAAGUCAGCAACCCUGUCUCCUCCAACAGCGCCUUGCUGCUCUACAAGCAACCCUGCUCCUGGACAG